AUGUCGGAUUCUAUUUACAAUCAUGACUUUCUUUUAGAUUCAAAUUUUGAGAUAAAACAGGAGUCGCCCUUCGAGCUGGGUACGAUGUCUGCUUCCGUGCCCAUUCCAAAUAGACGUUCAGAUUUUGGGGACUUGAAUUCAGAAUUUGAUCUUUGUUUACAAGAUACUCAAGGGGGUUCAUUUCACAGUGUGCCCUCAUUGCAGUUCAACAAGUUUGCAUUUGAUGAUAAUAACACUAAACUUGAACCAUAUAAGAUGGAGGAUGAUGAUAUUUUCCAAGUAGACAAAGCAGAUUUAAUAUCUGGGCCAACACUAGCAGAGUUAAAUGCAAAUCCUGACACAUCCCUUGAUGAUUUGGACUUUGCAGAUUUGCUAAUGCCUGAAGAAUACUGUAUACAAAUAGGCGGUGCAAUGAGUGGUUCUAGAAAUGCAUUAAACUCAUUGCAGUCAGCUCCAAUGACCUCUGAAAGUCCAUGUAGCCCAUACAGUCGGGCUCAGCUGGCAUUUUCUCCAUCAAGUCAGCACAGUUCUGCUUCAUCGAGUUUUGCACAGCCAAUGAAUCAGUUGCCAGAACUGCUGCUGCGUAUGGAUGGUUACAGUGGAGAAAUUUCAUUGGGACAGUCAGUUCCAGCAUCUUCAGUAUUGCCACCCUUCCCUACCAGUGUAAAAACACAACAGUCAACACUCUCUUCAUCAGCACCAACACAUUUAACUAUGGAACAGAUAUGGCAGCGUCGUGAACCACGCAAGCAUCUAUUAUCGACCAGUUCUGUGGCUGAGGCUGGUUCUAUGUCUUCUUUAUCUGGUGGUAUCCUGAGUCCAGGGGCUGGAGAGUUCUCACAAGACGAGGAUGAUAGAGAUGAAUCCGAUGAAGAUAGUGACAGAUAUGAGGAUCUAUCUUCUGAUGAAUCCAAUGACGAGAGUACAGAAAAGAGAGAGGCUCGUCAGGCAGCUAAAAAGGAAAGGUACUUCUGGCAGUACAACGUCCAAGCGAAAGGCCCGAAGGGACAGAGACUGGUGCUGAAGAAGAAGUCGGAAGACCCACAUGUACUGAACUUGGUCACCGAUCCAGUUUUCAGCCCCAACUGUAAUGUCAAAGGAAUUAAACACAGUGGUAAAGCGAGAAAAGGGGACGGGAACGACCUUACACCGAAUCCAAGGAAACUACAUCUCAUUGGCUUAGAAUUGGACAACUUAGGCAAAGUAAUUAACGACAUGAUACCGGUCAGCGAGUUGCCUUUCAAUGUCCGGCCAAAAACCAGAAAGGAGAAAAAUAAAUUGGCCUCACGCGCUUGUCGGCUUAAGAAGAAGGCGCAACACGAAGCCAAUAAACUGAAAUUGUAUGGACUGCAACAGGAGCAUAAACGUUUAAUAAAUGGUAUUCACCAAAUGAAACAAGUGAUUGGGAACCGAGUGACGAACCCUGAGAACAAUGUUGAAUGGAGCUCGCACCUUAAUAAUAUUGUCACCAAAGCCACUGAGGUGAAAAUAGCUGGCAAAACGUCGGAAUUCGUGAACGAAAUCCUCGAUAAAGUGCGAUCGGGACAGAACAAUGGCGGCCUUUACGAUAUUUAA